UGGAUCUCUUCCGCUGUCUCCAGCACCUUUGGGCCACCCGUCUCCAUAGCCUGCAGAUGUCACAGUUGAUGAGCAGUGGGAAUCAGACAAUGGUGACCGAGUUCCUCUUCUCUGUGUUCCCGUGUCCACAGGAAGGUGGACUCUUUUUCUUUAUUCCCUUGCUUCUCAUCUAUGGGUUUAUCAUCACUGGGAACCUAAUAAUAUUCAUUGUCAUCCAAUUGGACAAGGCCCUGCACACGCCCAUGUAUUUCUUCAUCAGCAUCCUCUCCUUCCUGGAGAUCUGGUAUACCACCACCACCAUCCCCAAAAUGCUCUCCAGCCUGGCCAGUGAACAGAAAACCAUCUCUCUGGCUGGCUGCCUUCUUCAGAUGUACUUCUUCCACUCCCUUGGGAUCACAGAAGGCUGUGUGCUGACAGCAAUGGCCAUCGACAGGUACAUAGCCAUCUGCAGUCCUCUCCGCUAUCCAACCAUCAUGACUCCCAAGCUCUGCGUCCAGCUGACAGCCGGCUCCUGCCUCUGUGGCUUCCUCCUGGUGCUCCCUGAGAUCGCCUGGAUCUCCACCCUUCCUUUCUGUGGUUCCAACCAGAUAGAGCAGAUCUUCUGUGAUUUCACACCUGUGCUGAAGUUGGCCUGCACAGAUACCUCCCUGGUGGUCAUUGUGGAUGCCAUCCAUGCAGUGGAGAUCCUGGCCUCCUUCCUGGUCAUCGCCCUGUCCUACAUCCGAAUCAUUGUGGUGAUUCUGGGGAUGCCUUCCGCUGAAGGCCGUCACAAGGCCUUUUCCACCUGCGCUGCCCACCUGGCUGUGUUCCUGCUGUUCUUUGGCAGUGUGGCUGUCAUGUAUUUGCGGUUCUCUGCCACCUACUCAGUGUUUUGGGACACAGCAAUUGCUGUCACUUUUGUUAUACUUGCUCCCCUUCUCAACCCCAUUAUCUAUAGCCUGAGAAACAAAGACAUGAAGGAUGCGAUUGGGAGACUUUUCUGUGCUCAGAAAAGGGCUGGCAACAUUGGGAGAUAGAUGUAACUAGAUCCCAGAGAUUGAGAAACCGUCUGCGAGUUCAGCUUUUCACUGUCCUUGUCUUGUUCACAGAUCUCUUGCCGUGGCUACUUGAUCUGGUAUUAUAAACCCUGGAGUGUCCAUGAGAUCCAGGCAAUCUCUGGGAGCACCAGGAGGAAGCCAUAGAGGCAGGAGCUCACUGUCAAUGGUGGAAUUUCAGUCUGCUUGCAUGGGUGCCCCUUCUAAAUGUGCUUUGCUGCAACUGUAUAUAAGGGAUCUUCCUGCUUUAUGGAUCAAGUUUCUUGCUCAUACUCCACCUGGUGGAUUCCCGCCUUUCUCUCCUGUCAUCCACCACACUUGCAGGUCAUAAAGAAGCAUUGAAGAGACGUGAAGGAUGUCACAGUUCUGAAAAUUGCUUUAGUUAAUUGCUUCCACCAAUUCUCUUUCCAACAGGAACCU